GGUUUGUUUGUUCACCAGCAGGUUUCCGCCUCCUUUUCACGUUGUCAGUCAUCAGAGCUCCUGCAGAGAACGCGAUCACGCCGACCCAACAUGCCCGGACUGCUGCUCGGGGAUGUAUUCCCUGAUUUCGAGGCAGAAACCACAACUGGAAAAAUUAAACUCCACGAAUUUCUCGGCGACUCAUGGGGAAUCUUGUUCUCCCACCCCAGAGACUACACUCCUGUCUGCACCACAGAACUAGGUCGUGCUGCACGACUGAGCAGCGAAUUCAGCAAACGAGGCGUGAAAAUGAUCGCCCUGUCCGUCGACUGCCUGGAGGAUCAUCAUGGUUGGAGUAAGGACAUUGUGGCUUACAACUGUGAGGAGUCUGCAUGCUGCUCGCUGCCCUUUCCCAUCAUAGCAGACGGCAAACGUGAGCUGGCAGUUGCCCUGGGCAUGCUGGACCCCGAUGAGAAGGACAAAGAUGGCAUGCCCCUCACUGCCCGCUGUGUGUUUAUCAUCGGCCCUGACAAAAAGCUGAAGCUGUCAGUGCUCUACCCAGCCACCACCGGACGCAAUUUUGAUGAAAUCUUGCGAGUGGUUGAUUCCCUCCAGCUCACAGCUGGGAAACGAGUGGCUACACCAGUCGAUUGGAAGUCUGGAGAGUGUGUGAUGGUGCCUCCCAGUAUGUCUGAGGAGGAGGCAGCAUCUUUGUUCCCAGCUGGCGUCUACUCCAAAGAUCUGCCCUCAGGCAAGAAGUACCUGCGCUACACACCCCACCCAGGAGCACAAAGAGAGAGCACAGAUGCUGAACACUCUGUUGUCUACUCUAAGCUAACUCUUUGUCCUAAUGCUUUAAAAUUUUAAGGUCCUAGAAUAUGUUUUCCUUAAAAGCAAGAAUGUGUACUGGUGCAGUGAGAUAAAGCAGCUUACGAAAGUAUUCACCUCCCUUGGUGUUUUUUCUUGAUUUUUUUUCCACUAUCUUCUCUUAUUUUCAUUAUAACUUAUGUAAUGAGUCUACAUGAAAUAGUCUAAAUUUCUAAAUUCAGUUCCAUCCAAUUUUAAAAAUUGAUGGAUGAAUUUGUAUUCACCCGUAUGACACCCAGAGGAUUGGAGCUGGAACCACUAUAAGCUGCACACUCCUCCGAGAUGGUCUUUACAGGAAAGUGGCCAGAAAAACAAACAUUUCUCUCAUGGAAAAGUUCCCCAAAUGAAACCUCUCCCAUUUAGAUGAGAGUUAAACUGAGCUCUUUGGUCAGUGAAUAAACCACACACCCCUCAUCACCCCAAGAACAGCAUCUCCACAGUGAAGCAUGGUGAUGGCAGCAUCAUGCUAUGGGGAUGUUUCAUCAGCAGGGACUUUGAAACUGAUAAGAAUUGAGGGAAUAGUUGGAGGUAAAUACAGGGAAAUUCAUGAGGGAAAACCUGCUUCAGUCUUCCAGAGAUCUGAGACAAUGAUCCUAAACAUACUGCUAAAUAAACAAUCGAAUGGUUUAAGGGGAAAUGUUUAAAUGCUUUGGAAUAACCUCUUUAAAACCCAGACUUUGAUCCAACUGAGAAUCUGUGACAUAUUUGUUAACUUUUCAUUAAAUGAUUUGCACCUCCAAAUCAAAUAUUUAAAAAUACCAAUACCCAUUUUAAUUCCAGGUUUUAGGGCAACAAAAGGGGGUUAAUGCUUUACCAAGCCACACAUUUAUGCUAGAUUAUUCCUAUUAAUAAAUGUUAUAGUCAUACAGAGCAGCUGCAGAACGGACACACUGGUAAAAAGGGCUAAGAUCAUAAAUGUACUAUUUAAAAUAAAGUCUUAUUACUCCUU